ACGCCUGCGCCUGUCAUCGGCAAUCCCUCCUACCGUCCCGCGAGCCGUCUUGCCGGCGUCGCGGCGCUCUACGCAACGUCGGUGUGGCGACGGUGGGACCAGCAGUGCCUCUCACGAUUCCGUUCUCGUUCUGCCCUCCGUCUCGUGAACGCCAUUCGUACGUGUCCGGUCCGGGGUGUCACCUAGAGGAAGCAAUUCGGAGCCCGUGCCUGAGCCCGAGCGCCACUUACAAACACUGCCUUGAAGGCUGAGAAGAAAGAGGUAGUGUUGUUAUAGUGAGAGGUGGACGAGAACGAGGAUUCGUCUAGUGGUGUAUCUUCCGUGAUUGACGCCGAGAGAGAAAAACUACGUCCUCCUUCUCGGCAGAACAUCUGCGUUCUGGUCUGCCGACGGCGUUGUCCGUCGUCAUCGUCGCGGAGAAACGGCCGGCCUCCGUGCGUCGCUCGCUAACGCAGCGGCUGUGUGUCAUUAUUACUGUCCCACUGCCUCACACACCGCGGCCUCAUGAUUGGUUCAUUUUGGAACCUAUGCCGUGCGUGCCCUUCAAUGCCGAUUGAUAAGCAGCUUCAUUCGGAAUAUAGGAGCACGUACACAUGGCACGAGUACACAGGACCGCAUCAGGAGCACACAGUUGUGCGACGCGCGCCGCAGCCGCCACCGUCGACGAAGCAACCAAGCGCGAAGCUACAAUCGGCCAAGUCAACAGAGGAUGAGAACAGCGAAGGGCCCACCUUGGAACCACCAUUGCCCAGGCGAAAGAAAUGUCCGGAGCUCGCUUACAAGACGCACGAAUUUAUCACGGCAGCGGAUGGCGGUGGUAUCGACGCUAUCGACUCAAAUGUCGUAGCUGAUAAAGUACGGGAAGUUACAGCAACGUCGGCACUGCCACCAAGUCAGCUCAGCAAGGCGAUAUCUCGUAUCAGUACCGAGUACCGACUGCAGUUCGCCUGGCCUAGAAGACCGCAGUUGACAAAUGGCGAAACUCAAGCGCCGGUUCCAGCUGCGGGGGUUCCUGCAGGUACCACGGGUCCACCUAGGAAGUCGCUCAGCAUGGGUGCCCUUAAACAGGGCAUGGUGCCUUCUGGACCCGCGCCGGUACACAAGAAACGACCUGGCGACUUUGAUCACAAACGCGAUGGGCUCCAAGCAUCAGAACUGGAACCGUUGGUGGGUGGCACUGGAACGGACAUGAUCGACGGUGUGGUACCAGAGGGCGAUGAACGCGAAGAGGAUCUGUCGGAUUUGAAAGUAGCUUUCAGGGGUAAAAAGUCAGGUAGAACUGUGCGGAUAUCGGACAAUAAAGUGCCGGAAAAAUCAAAGUCAAGACCAUUUCCCACGGCGGAAGUGAUCGAACUCCGGCGACUCGCUGACGAGUACAAGCAUCGUGACUGGGGUUGCGGUCUGGCAGCCGAGGACGAAGCUUCGCUGUGGAAACGAGUCUCCAGUAACCACGCGCUCAACGCCCUAUCCCUUGCCAGGUCGGUCACCAAAGAGGAGAAAGAAAAGGAGAACACGAGGAAGGUCGCACCGAUCGCUACUAUGCCACCGGCGGGUCGACCGUCCUCGGUACAAGCUAGACCAAUCCACGGCAUAAUGCAAGACGAAACUAAGGCAGAUACUGAUCGAGCCAUCGCUCGCGCAAGAAAGGAUUUCUUGAUCCGCCACCAUCUCGAUCGUACAACUGGUGUGGGUGACGGUGCACUGCUUCCCUCUCCAACGAGAGAGAAACUGGAGCCCGUGAUACCACGGCGACGUGAUGAUGUGAAGGAGCAUCGGGACGAAAUUCAACCACGAACCAAGUCCAGUCCGAAAAAUAGUCCGAGAACCGGACGCUCGCAGAGCCUCGGACCGACCGUCACCGAUCGCAGAUCGCCCAAACGUCAGCCUCCUCGUGCACCGUCUGUUACCAAGGAUGCUAAGGAGAAAGAGAAAGAGAUGAAAGACAAGGAUAAGGAGCACAGGGAGAAAAGCGGCGAGCCCGAAAGACAUCCACGACCGACCGCGGCAGGCCCAGGCCAACGUGUCCGUUGGAGCAUACGGGAACCCGCGACUACGGUUCCCCCGGCGACUGGCUUGUCGACGCCGCCUAUACCGCCAUUACCGCCGCCACCCUCGGGCCCAGGGCCUGCUCCGCUCCACAAGAGGCCCCCGCAAGUCCCACAUCGCAAAUCCUUCCUCGCGACCACCGCCCCUCCCCAUCGCCCUCUUCAUCACGCCAAACCCACAACCACUACCAACACCACCAACAUCACUGUCACUACUGCUAAUAAUAUUAGCGCAAGUACCGCCCCGGUAAAACGUUCCCCGGUAAAGUAUUCGGUUCAUAUGACCGUCCAUCACCCACCUACGUCGGGCGCUGCCGCUGCGGCCAGGCCGGAGCGCGGCGUUAAAGAUUUAAGCCAAAGGUGCCGUGGUGCGAAUGACGAGGCUCAGGCAAAACUGGCCCGCGGCCAUUCCGCCGGCGAUGAUCCAUCAUCCAAAUCAUCCCUCGAUACGCGAUCCGCGUCAAAUCGAGCCGCUACUACCGCCGCCCAAGCUAUGACGGCGGAACCCCAAGUAAACGGGGAUGUCACCGGCGGGGAUUCGAGCGUCGCUUCGACGCCACCGUCGCAAACGACAAAGGCAGUGGGGCCAGCGCCUGUCACCCAAGCAAGUCCCUGGCUAAACGACGAGCCGGUGGUGAAGAGUCCACCGGAGCCAACGAGAGUAAAGUCGCCGGAGCAGAUGAUCAUGCGCUCACCGGAACCCGUAAAUUGGACCGUACCCCUCGACACCGGCAAGACUUUCACCGUGACGCAAAAUGUCCGGGAAGAACCUCUGACGCGUCCGCAUAGUGAGGCGAAGACGUGGGCACCGUCCUCAGUACCAUCGGCGCCGCAAUCAGCACCACCAGAGCUUGCGGCUCAACACAAAUCACAGCAUUCCCAGCACUCUGGCUACAAAUCACCCGAAAGCGAAAGCGUUUCGCUCGGUAGUUUUAGCGGCAUAAAUGGUCACAAGGACUUGGACUCGGAGAGAGACAGUCCAUUGCCCACGAACGCUCAGGACACACCUACGAAGGAUGAGAAGGAGAUCACCGAUGUUGUCGAGGAAACGAAAGAGCGACAGAGCCCAGAGUCGAUAAAGUCAGUGACAGGCACGAACUUGAGACGUCUGGAAGAUCCGACGUUCGAGAUGGAAAGUAAAAGGGAAGGUAGUAUUCCGGUGGCGAUCACGACAGCGCCGGUGACGACGACAUCGUCGACGUCGUCCGCACCACAGAGUUACCGUGUUCUCGAGGCCGAGUCGCCAGCUCAAGGUACUGGCGGUAGCAGUAGCAGCACUGCGGGUACAGGAAGUAGCACCGGAGGUAGCACUGCGGGUGGUUAUCACGUUCUGGAAGCACCAACAGUGGUACCGGGCUCAGCACAACGUUCGGCAGCGACCGAUGUCUUAGAGAAGGCGCGAAACCGCUUCGACAAGUUCUGGGGAAAGGGCAACAACGGCGCGGAGAAUUAAAAGCAGUGUUCUUCGAAACGACAAGAGAAGAAAAAGACGCUUUGACGAAGAACUACGAACAGUAGGGUAGGGCAGGACAGCCCUUCUGGGAAGAAGGUUAUCGUCCCACUCUGCUAUGUCCUAUCGUCGAUUGGUCUGUCCAUGUGCUUUCAUAGCUUUUAGCUGCUCAGAAAAAUAUAUGUUAUACACGUGAGAGCGAAAGGGGGAAAAAGAAGUGAGAUGAUAUCCUCGUGAAGGAAUUUUCUCGACUAAACGCCGCUUUGAUAAUUCAAGAUCUUCGGGAAUAAAAUCCCUUUUUUUUUUUAAAUUUUAAAACAUUCUGAAAAUAUUCAAGACUUUUAAGGAUUAAAAGAAUCAUAUUACCACGUAUACCGAUUAUAAAUCGGAAUAUCUGAAAAAAAAAAAAAACAAUCGUCAAUAGAACUUUAUAGAAAGACAGAAAGAACAACGGAUAACUGAUGAGACUAAUCGAUAUUGUUCCUGAAGGUUAAAAUUGCGGUCUAUAAUUGCGAUCAAUUUAUUCGUUUAUUAAGGACUACUAUGUAACAAGCAUACGGUCAAAACGAUCAAAAUGACGCUACACAUUUCAGAUUAAGCAAGAUCAGAUUCUAAGGCUUUCAUGCAGACACAAACUCGAAAAUGCACAGAAACUCGAGUUAAAUUACUCGAUCAUUAAUAAUAAAAGCUUCUUUCUCCUUCAAAAGACAGACUGUAGGACAGCGUCAUGAAUUUGCGGUCGUCGCAUCAUUAGUAAAA